AUGCUCGAUGAAGCGGCCAUAUCUGGUUCGUCGAUCCCGGCUUCAAGGCCCCAAGACAACCCUAUCUCGUCCCCCCGACCGCCAGUGGCAGCAAACAGCACGACACUGCAGGUCAAAUGGCUUCGUGGAGCGAACUUGGAGCCUGCCGGUGACCUGGGACAACUGGCUGGAUGCCGACAUACCGAGAAUCGGCCCUUGAACCGGCGCAACAUGAUGGCAAUCGUAUGUGUUCGAUUCCUAGGCGGAUGGAACGAACCGGCCAAAGAGGGGUGGCAGCCUGCAGGGGACCCUCGCAUUACUCCUGCAUCGAGUGCCUCCCCUCCCCCCAUCACGGACGGUGGACCAGAUACAACCACCUCUUCCGAUGUUCAGGCUCUCCCACCCCUGGGUCACUGA